UCUUCGCUUCCCUUCUCUCCCGUCCCCUCUUUCUCAUCCCCAUCUCUCUCAUCUUUUUCGUGCUGCGGGUGGCAGUUCUCCGUGGCGGAAUUGGCACCAGAAUCUUAGGGUCAGAAAGGAAUUGGGGAGGGUGAUCGAUCAACCAUGGAAUCCGAUGCGUGGAGUCGGUUCUCCGCAGCUGCGUCGAAGCGCCACCAGGCCGCGCUUCAGUCGCGUUACGUCGACGCGUCCCGAGAUCCAAGUCUUCGCAGCUGGAGAGAUCUGUUUCUUGGGUUUGAGGAGCUCGAUGGCGGUGAAGAUGAUCUCCGCACGGAGUACCCCUGCCCAUUCUGCUCCGAGGAUUUCGAUUUCGUCGGCCUCUGCUGUCACAUCGAUGACGAGCACCCUGCGGAGGCUAGGAAUGUGGUAUGCCCUAUUUGUGCAGCUAGUGUAGGAGUUGACUUGGUUGGACACUUGAUGACACACCAUGGAAAUUUCUUCAAGAUACAACGUAGGAGAAAAUAUCAUAAAGGAUCAUCAGCUUCUCAUACAAUGCUUUCCCUAUUUCGGAAGGAUCUGAGAGAAGGCAAUUUACAUACUCUUCUAGGGGGAUCUUCCCAUAGGGUUCCUCCUCCAGCAGCAACUGAUUCAUUUAUAUCAUCACUAAUUUACACGUUGGCUUUGGAUGAAUCAUCAAAAGAAGGACAAGCAGAAUCUUUGAGUGAAGGAAACCUUACCAGCAAUAAUUCUGAUGAAAACUUGGUUGAGAGGGUUGAACCAUCCCUAACUGACAAGGAUCAGAAAGAGAGAGCAAGAAGGAGCAUGUUUGUACAAGAGCUUGUUCUGUCUACCAUCUUCGACAGCACAUUGUGAGACAAAAAUUUCAUGGCUGGCGGUAUUCGGUAUUCGGAAAUGCUUGACGAAAACAGAUAAGCAUGCUAGCAGACAAAUUCUUGCCAUUCAUGAGCUUCAUUCUAUUCAAGUAUAUUAAAAUAAAGUUUACAUAUUUAAGCAGUGAGGAGGCGGGAGAGAACAAUGUAUUGUGUGAUUGUACUUAGUUCUUACUAUCUUGAGAUACAGUUUGGUAAGAGUGAAAAUGGACAGCCACACAAUAGGGGCUUAUUUAUAAUGCAAAGAUGCUUUCAACAUUA